AUGUUCAAGGUAUUUUUCGUCGAUAUUAGUAGUGGAAUUGUUCCACAGGAAGACAAGUAUGCUUUAUUCAUCCAAAUGAGUACCAAGUUCAUCAAAACAAGAUUAGGAAUACGAGGUUGGAGACAGAUCAUGGUCGAAUUUGUUAAAAAGAACGUCUCUACUACUAGUAUGUUAAGUUGCUCAUUCAUCCAUAGGUUUUUAGAGAUGCAAGCAGGACAUGGAUCAACAGUAGCCUUAAAUAGUUAA